AUGUACGGAGCAUCAGCUUUGGUUCUGAUGGUGUCGGCAAUGGCAGUGUUGUUGAUUGAUGUGGAGAGCCAGCAGAGGGUUUGUUACUCCGGUCCCCCACCUGAACCUGAUCCUGAUAAUCCGGAUGACUGGAUGAAGCAAGUCAUGCAAGAGAUACGGGAAAUUUGCCCUGGAAAGAGGGAACCUAUCCCAGCUGGUCAUACUACAGUGGGAAAGGAACCGACCCCAGCUGGCCAUACUACCAUGGGAAAGGAAACUACCACAGCUGGCCAUACCAUGGGAAUGGAACCAACCCCAUCUAGUCAUGUUACGAUGGGAAAGCAAUCUACCCCAGCUGGUCAUACUACGAUGGGACAGGAAUCUACCCCAGCUGAUUGUUCAAGUCCACAACCCCUAGGCAUGGAGGACGGGACAAUCCAAGAUGAACGUCUCACGGCGUCCAGCACUUUGAACUGUUGCCCUGCCAGUGAUGCACGCUUAAAUACUGAUAAUAAAUGGAUACCCUCGAGAAAAGACGCCAACCCCUGGAUCGAGAUGGACCUUGUUGAGAGUACAGUGGUGUCGGGCGUUAUCACACAAGGCUCCGGCGGCGCUUAUUAUGUUGCGCAGUACAAGGUGUCCUAUCAGAAGCAGCCCUCAUCUGACUAUGAACACCUGACAGAUGGAAACGACAACAUGAAGAUAUUCAUCGGUAACACUGAUGCCAGCACCCCGGUAACCAACCUGUUCGAUGAGAGUGUGGUGGCGACGGUAGUGCGCAUUGAGCCCACUGGAUGGAAUGGUGAUGCUGCUUUGCGAUUGGAGCUGCUUGGAUGUCGCCUGGAUUAAUUCAGCUGAACCAUUCAGGUGAUUCUGUUCG